AUGAGUAAAGUAUUUACCCCAUUGAGCAUAGGUGACUAUGAAUUAAGUCAUAGAAUUGUCAUGGCACCAUUAACUCGUUACAGAGCCCCCAAUGGAAUCCCUGGCGAGUUAAUGGAAGAAUAUUAUAAGCAGAGAUCAUCAUCGGGAUCCUUAAUUAUAGCUGAAAGUACAGCUAUUUCUCCCACUUCAGGUAAUCCACUUAAUACUCCAAGAGUUGAUACUCCCGAAUCAAUUGAAGGAUGGAAAAAAGUGGUGGAAGCAGUACAUCUGGAAGGAGGUAUAUUCUUCUGUCAAUUGAAUCAUUAUGGUAGAGGUGCUGUACCAAGUGAAAAUGGUAAUGUAUUACCGAUUUCAAGUUCAUCCAUUGCUAUCAAAGGUGAAAAGUUCUAUAAACCCAAGGAAAUGGAUGAAUCUGAUAUGAAGCAAGUGAUUGAAGACUUUACCAAUGCUGCUGAAGCUGCGAUUAAAGCCGGAUUUGAUGGAGUAGAAUUACACGGAGCUAAUGGUUACUUAUUGGAUCAGUUUGUUAGAGACAAUGUUAAUGUCAGAACCGACCAAUAUGGUGGAUCUAUUGAAAACAGAUGUAAGUUCCCUUUACAAGUAUUAGAUUCAGUUAUCGCUAGAAUCGGUAAAGGGAAAGUGGGAUACAGAAUCAGUCCAUGGGAUCCAUAUCAAGAUUGUAAAGAUUCCAAACCUUUAGAGCAUUUUGCCUAUUUCUGUGAACAACUUGAAAAGAGGAAUAUUGCUUAUGUUCAUAGUGUUGAAGAGAGAAGUGAUGCCAAUGGAGGUAGAGAAAACGAUAGUACCAGUUCCGAUAGAGUGACAGUUUCUGCUUUGAAGAAAUAUUUACCUUCCACUCCAUUGAUUUCAGCUGGAGGUUGGAACGAUAGGAACUUAUCAACAUUUGAUGACUUUGAACUUGAUGCUAUUGCCAUAGGGAGAUUUUAUAUCAGUAAUCCUGAUUUGAUCAAGAGAUUGAGGGACAAAUUACCUUUAUCAGCUUAUAAUAGAGCAACAUUCUAUCAACCAUUAGAGCCAAAAGGUUACAUAGAUUACCCAGUUAUCUAA